AUGACUAGGAAGAGGACAUACUGGGUGCCCAACUCUUCUGGUGGCCUUGUGAAUCUUGGCAUUGACAUAGGCGAUGACAUGGUUUCAGGACUUAGUUAUAAAACCUACACUCUCCAAGAUGGCCCCUGGAGUCAGCAAGAGAGAAAUCCGGAGGCUCCGGGGAGGGCAACUGUCCCACCGUGGGGGAAGUAUGAUGCUGCCUUGAGAACCAUGAUUCCCUUCCGCCCCAAGCCAAGGUUUCCUGCCCCCCAGCCCCUGGAUGAUGCUGGUCUGUUCUCCUACCUCACCAUGUCAUGGCUCACCCCACUCAUGAUCCAAAGCUUUCGGAAUCGCUUAGAUGAGAACACCAUCCCUCCACUGUCAGUCCAUGAUGCCUCAGACAAAAAUGUCCAAAGGCUUCACCGCCUUUGGGAAGAAGAAGUCUCAAGGCGAGGGAUUGAAAAAGCUUCAGUGUUUCUGGUGAUGCUGAGGUUCCAGAGAACAAGGAUGAUUUUCGAUGCACUUCUGGGUGUCUGCUUCUGCAUUGCCAGUGUACUCGGGCCAGCAUUGAUUAUACCAAAAAUCCUGGAAUAUUCAGAAGAGCAGUCGGGGAAUGUUGUCCUUGGAGUAGGACUCUGCUUUGCCCUUUUUCUCUCCGAAUGUUUGAAGUCUGUGAGUCUCUCCUGCAGUUGGAUCAUCAACCAGCGCACAGCCAUCAGGUUCCGAGCAGCUGUUUCCUCCUUUGCCUUUGAGAAGCUCAUCCAGUUUAAAUCUCUAAUACACAUCACCUCAGGAGAGGCCAUCGGCUUCUUCACCGGUGACAUAAACUACCUGUUUGAAGGGGUGUGUUAUGGACCCCUAUUACUGAUCAGCUGUGCAUCACUGGUCAUCUGCAGCAUUUCUUCCUACUUCAUUGUUGGAUACACUGCAUUUGUUGCCAUUUUAUGCUUUCUCCUGGUUUUCCCACUGGAGGUAUUCGUGACAAGAAUGGCUGUGAAGGCUCAGCAUGACACAUCUGAGGUCAGCGACCAGCGCAUUCGUGUGACCAGUGAAGUUCUCACUUGCAUUAAGCUGAUUAAAAUGUACACAUGGGAGAAACCAUUUACAAAAAUCAUUGAAGACCUAAGAAGGAAGGAAAGGAAACUAUUGGAGAAGUGCGGGCUUGUCCAGAGCCUGACCACUGUAGCCUUGUUCGUCAUCCCCACAGUGGCCACAGCAGCCUGGAUUCUCGUCCACACAUCCUUGAAGUUGAAACUCACAACGUCAACGGCCUUCAGCAUGCUGGGCUCCUUGACUCCCCUUCGGCUGUCAGUGUUGUUUGUGCCCUUAGCAGUCAAAGGCCUCACGAAUUCCAAGUCUGCGGUGAUGAGGUUCAAGAAGUUUUUCCUCCAGGAGAGCCCUGUUUUCUAUGUCCAGACAUUACAAGACCCCAGCAAAGCUCUGGUCUUGGAGGAGGCCACCUUGUCUUGGCGACAGACCUGUCCCGGGGUCGUCAAUGGGGCAUUGGAGCUGGAGAGGAAUGGACACACUUCUGAGGGGGUGACCAGGCCUAGAGAUGCCCUCGAGCCAGAGGAAGAAGGGAAGAGCCUGGGCCCAGAGUUGCACAAGAUCAACCUGGUGGUGUCCAAGGGGAUGAUGUUAGGGGUCUGCGGCAACACGGGGAGUGGUAAGAGCAGCCUGUUGUCAGCCAUCCUUGGGGAGAUGAACUUGCUUGAGGGCUCAGUAGGGGUGCAGGGAAGCCUGGCCUAUGUCCCCCAGCAGGCCUGGAUCGUCAGCGGGAGCAUCAGGGAGAACAUCCUCAUGGGAGAUCCAUAUGACAAGGCCCGAUACCUCCAGGUGCUCCACUGCUGCUCCCUGAAUCGGGACCUGGAACUUCUGCCCUUUGGAGACAUGACAGAGUUGUCUUCUUCAUGGUGCCUGAUCAUCUCUCACAUCUUCACUUCUGGGCUGAGCUACUGUGCUCUCCUUUUGGCAAUCUACGCCCUGAAAACCAGCCAGAGGGGUUCGGAAAUCACGUCUCCAAGUUCCUCGGCGCAUCGCAGCAAGCUGUGCAAGGCCCCAGCUGCGGCAUGUCCACAGGGCAGACUCCGAGGGCUAGGUGCAGGCAGGAUUUUCACCAAGUCACAAAGGCAAAUCCACGAGCUCCACAACAAGCUCUUCAACAACGUCAGUUGCAGCUGGCGUGAACCGGGCGGGCUGAUGAGAGGAGUUGCGAAGGUGAGGCGAGUCCAUCCCCGCUGCGGAAGUCUGGUUGUAGAAGCUCAAGUGUCCCUUUGUGAGGGCCACAGCAAACGCCUGGCCUCCACGGCGAGCAUGGUCACCGUGCAGAAAGACAAUCAGAAACCAAAACCCUUUUCCCUUUGUCACCACCAUUGGUCCCUAAUCCAGAGUAAUGCUGGGCUUCCACAGAUGCACUUCCUCACCCACAGUGGAAAUGAGGUUUUCCGCUGCCCCAUGAGUUUCUUUGACACCAUCCCAAUAGGCCGGCUCUUGAACUGCUUUGCAGGGGACUUGGAAGAGCUGGACCAGCUCUUGCCCAUCUUUUCAGAGCAGUUCAUGGUCCUGUCCUUGCUGGUGAUCGCCAUCCUGUUGGUUAUCAGUAUGCUGUCUCCAUAUAUCCUGUUAAUGGGAGCUACAAUCAUGGUUAUUUGCUUCAUUUAUUAUAUGAUGUUCAAGAAGGCCAUCGGUGUGUUCAAGAGACUGGAGAACUACAGCCGGUCCCCUUUAUUCUCCCACAUCCUCAAUUCUCUGCAAGGCCUGAGCUCCAUCCAUGUCUAUGGAAAAACUGAAGACUUCAUCAGCCAGUUUAAGAGGCUGACUGAUGCGCGGAACAACUACCUGUUGUUGUUUCUGUCUUCCACGCGAUGGGUGGCAUUGAGGCUGGAGAUCUUGACCAACCUUGUGACCUUGGCUGUUGCCCUGUUCGUGGCUUUUGGCAUUUCCUCCACCUCCUACUCCCUUAAAGCCAUGGCUCUCAGCAUCGUGCUGCAGCUGGCGUCCACCUUCCAGGCCGCUGCCCGGACUGGUGCAGAGACAGAGGCACACUUCAUGGCUGCAGAGAGGAUGCUGCAGUACAUGAAGAUGUGUAUCUCUGAAGCUCCUUUACAUAUGGAAGGCACAAGUUGUCCACAAGGGUGGCCACAGCAUGGGGAAAUCACAUUUCAGGAUUAUCACAUGAAAUACAGAGACAACACACCCACUGUGCUUCACGGCAUCAACCUGACCAUCCGCAGCAACGAAGUGGUGGGCAUCGUGGGAAGGACGGGCUCUGGGAAGUCCUCCUUGGGCAUGGCUCUCUUCCGCCUGGUGGAGCCCAUGGCAGGCCGGAUUCUCAUUGACGGCGUGGACAUUUGCAGCAUCGGCCUGGAGGACUUGCGGUCCAAGCUCUCAGUGAUCCCUCAAGAUCCGGUGCUGCUCUCGGGAACCAUCAAAUUCAACCUAGAUCCCUUUGACCGUCACACCGACCAGCAGAUCUGGGAUGCCUUGGAGAGGACAUUACUGACCAAGGCUAUCUCAAAGCUCCCCAAAAAGCUGCAUACGGAUGUAGUGGACAAUGGUGGAAACUUCUCUGUGGGGGAGAGGCAGCUGCUCUGCAUUGCUCGGGCUGUGCUUCGCAACUCCAAGAUCAUCCUUAUCGAUGAAGCCACAGCCUCCAUUGACACGGAGACGGACACGCUGAUCCAGCGCACAAUCCGUGAAGCCUUCCAGGGCUGCACCGUGCUUAUCAUUGCCCACCGUGUCACCACCGUGCUCAAUUGUGACCGCAUCUUGGUUAUGGCCAAUGGGAAGGUGGUAGAGUUUGAUCGGCCGGAGGUCCUGCGGAAGAAGCCUGGGUCGUUGUUCGCAGCCCUCGUGGCCACAGCCACUUCUUCACCGAGAUAAGGAGAUGUGGAGACUUCAUGGAGGCUGGUGGCUGAGCUCAGAGGUUCACACAGGUGCAGCUUCGGGGGCCACAGUCUGUGACCUUCUUGUUGGGAGAUGAUAACUUCUCCUGGAAGCAGGGGUUAAUGUAGGUGGGGCAGGGAUUGCUGGAUAGAAAUGCUGGAACAGGCUACUUGAUGGCUCUCAAAGCCUUAGCACCCCAGCACCACUGGAGACAUGGGAUUCAGUGAUCGUGUGGUUCUCUUUUUAACUUAUAUGCUGAAUAAUUUUAUAAUAAGGUAAAAGCUUAUCUUUUUCUGAUCUGUGUUAGAAGUGUUGCAAAUGCUGUACUGACUUUGUAAAAAAUAAAACUAAGGAAA